AUGUCCGAGUCAUCUCCUGUUUGGCUUAUCACAGGCGCUUCUAAUGGCCUUGGUCUUGAAAUGUGUCUCCGUGCUCUACGCGCGGGACACCGUGUUAUCGGGUCGAUACGCAGUAAGACCAAAGGCGCCACAGCAGUUGAGCAGAUCGAGCAGGCUGGAGGCUCGGUGAUCGAGUUGGAUAUGACAGAGUCACAGUCCAGCAUCUCAAGCAAGGUACAGGCCCUUGGUCGCAUCGAUUAUCUGAUCAAUGUUGCCGGCUACUCCAUCCUGGCCCCGUGCGAGGACAUCACUGACCAGGAGGCAACCCUACAAAUGACAACAAACUUCUUCGGUCCAUUGUACACCCUGCAGGCUGUCCUUCCUGGCAUGCGUGCCCAGGGCUCUGGUACUAUUGUCAAUAUCUCCAGCGUUGCCGCCCAGGACCCAAUGCCAGCAUGCUCAUUGUACAGUGCCUCUAAGGCCGCGCUAGAGGCAGCAUCCGAGUCGCUUGCUAAGGAAGUUGCUCCCCAUAACAUCCGCGUGCUGAUUGUUGAGCCUGGUAAUUUCCGCACGAACUUUGUUAGCGCAUUGGCUGAUGCAAGUCCUGACCCGGCCAAGGUGGCGCCACACUAUGAUGACCCGGUCGGAGUGAUAAUGCGGAAGUUUCUUACUAUCCAUGGGAAGCAGGCUGGUGAUCCCCAGAAAGGAGUCGAUCGCAUUUUCGAGGUUGUCACAGGCACUGGAAUAGCUGGUCCCCUGUCAGGCAAGAUCUCUAGACUUGUUCUGGGGAAUGAUGCGUAUGCCAGGAUCCAGAAGAGCUGCGAGAGACUUGAAAAUGACUUGAAGGUGCAGGAAGAAGUUUCCACUAGCACGAAUUAUGCCUGA